AGGAGGAGAGAAUGUAUGGUGAAAGGCUCGCGCUUCCUUGCUUCUAUCCAGGGCCUUUGUGAAUAAACCAUGGGAUGUAUCGGCUCUCGAACCCUGACAACAGAUGGAGUUCCCGUGCAGAAGGAUGGGGAACAGUUGUCCAUGGAGGACACAACCUCAAUCCUCCCUCGGCUGAAGAAGCGGAACUCCAACGCCUAUGGAAUCGGCGCUCUGGCUAAGUCCUCUCUGACAGGUGUGUCAGGAGUGUCUCGCUCUAUGAAGGACAAGGUGACAAAGCCGACAGCGAUGGCCCAGGGGCGUGUGGCCCACAUGAUUGAGUGGCAGAACUGGGGCAUGCAGACGGUGGGCGUGGGGGGCAGUGGAACGGGACGUACCUCCAGUCUGCACCUCCAACAAGAGCGCAAGCUGGAGAAUGACGCAUACAGCGACCUCAGUGAUGGAGAGAAGGAGGCUCGCUUCACUGCAGGUGUGCUUCAGCAGUUUGCAAUCUCUGAGGCGACGCUGCUGGCCUGGAGCUCUAUGGACGGCGAGAGCACAAGCGUUGGAUCUAAUCAGGGAAGCAUAGCCCACCUGAGCGAGGCCAACCAGGAAAGCAUCUCCAGCCGAGACCAGAUAGUGCACCAUUCUUCUGCAGAGGUGUGGCCUCACAAUUACGUCUCCCAGGGUCUUUAUUGCCUUUCUUCCUCUGAUGCUUGGGAGCCAAUUAGUAAUGAACAGUCAGGUGUGGCCUCUCCUGCCACCGGUUCAUAUGUCAUGGCUGUCGGGACUGAGGGAGGAUAUGACCCAAAUUCAGCAGCUCACUUCCUGUCACAACAGCAACAGCAGCAGCAGUAUCAGAACCAGUUUCAGCAGAUCCAGCACCUGCACCAGAUCCAUCAAUACCAGCAGCAACAGCUCCUGCAGUAUCAACAACAGCAACAGAUCUUGGAGCAAAGACUACAGAGUGCCACUCAGUCUUUACAAGCUACUCCCAACAGCACCAUCCACAGCCUGCCUCCCCUCACUCACCCGCCAUUAGUGGAUCUGUGGGGGGCAGUGCAGACAGAGGCCUAUCAGGCAGACAUGGUGGGCUACAUGGGUAUGCCUGUAGCAGUAGAUGGAAAUCUAACAGCCCCCUCAGAGGAGGUGACGACAGAUCACUCACCUUUACUGGAAGCCCAGGAGGAGGAAGAGAUCAAAGAGGAAGAGGUAACGUUAUGUAUGGAACCAGAACCAGUAACAUUAAUUCCAUCUCCAGUAACGCAGGAAGUGACCUCGACGGGAGGAAGCAGUCCAGGCCAAGCCCCUGGAGAAUUCAGCACAGAGCGCAAGGCGUUUGAUGUCUCACCAUCUGUAAUUGAAGAGCUUGAGGAAAAGGAGGAGUCAGAAUCAUCAUCUGUAGACGUCACAGCAACCAACUAAGUGGCCAGCAUGAGACUUAAGCUGGUUAGACAUUUCAAUCAGCAUAAUCAAACAAUACCAACUCCUAUUUCAGGAAUCAAACACCAUUGUGAUGGAAUUCAAGUGACUGCUUGAACCCAACAUGGAAAAGUGGAUGUCUGAAAAAGGAAGGCACAGAAUGGGAAUGACAAAUCCUUGGAACUGGGAAAGGAGAGAAGGAGGAAUACUCACCGUGUUUGGAAUGGAGUGAUAGAGUUGGAGGUAUGUAAUUCAGGACGAUGAAUAUGAAGAACAUUCGCUUAAAUAUGUGCAUGCUUUUACAAGGAGUGUUGGCACUCAUUAUUCAAAAUAAAGAAACUAUAGUUAAUAAACCAUAAUGAUUAUA